AUACUGUGACAUGAGUUACAAGCGUUGGUCGGAUGUCCCACCAGCGAUUAAAGAGGAGCUCAUCGAUCGUGUUUGUAGUGACUUUGUGUUGGACUGGGAUCGCGAAAACCACCGAUUGACGGUGACAAAGGCCUUACGUAAGUGCUUCAACUCCUUCCACCACGACUUGCACAAGAUUUAUGAAUCCUAUGGAAGCCACGUAGAAGCAUUGGCUAAUGGAACUAGUCUGGUGGACCCCAUUGUAUGGGUGAAGUUGUGUGAAAGGUGGGGCAGCGAUGCCUUUAAGAAAAUUUCAGCUCAAAAUCGAGAGAAUCGAGACAAGCAGGCCAUUAAUCACACAUCAGGACGUAAAUCAUUCAUCCGAUUACUUGAGCAAAAUCGCAAUGAGAAUGAGAAUUUGGUCGACUUCUACAAAGAGACGCGUUGGUCGAAGAAAAAGAAUGCAUUUGUCACAGAUGCUACAGAAAGUACUUAUAAGGAGAUGCAAGGUAGGUUGGAUGGCCUAGGACCAGAGCAACGUAGUGAUGAGGCAGUAGCGACUGUCUUUAGGGAGGCUCUUGGCCAUCGACCUGGAUAUGCACGGGGACUUGGGGAAAUGGAUGCUGAAGCUUACAAGAGUCAGCUGGAUGAAAUGAGGACAGAGAUGCGGGAGCUGAGGGAGCAUCAGAUACAAAAUGACAAUCUGAUGCAGUCUUUCUUUAGGGCUUUCCCGUCGUUCACUGAGUCAGUUUGA